CAGCCCAGGUGAUUUUCGAACCCGACGCUAAAACCCGCCCGCUCUUUGGGUGCUGCACCGUCCGACUGCUCUCGCGGAAGAUCCUCCACCAUCACCUCACCUUCUCACUACCCGACCGACCACUGCUGCUCCCGGCGCUGAUCCAGAGUCGCAGAAGAGGGCACUUCAACUUCUCUUUAUUCCAUAUUCACUUACUCCUCCCUCGAUACCACGACCUCCUUCACGCUCACGCUGCACAACGCGACCGAGUCUGGCCGUCCCAUCCAAGCCGACCGACCGACCGGCGAGAGUUUCAUCACCGCCGUGUCCCAACCACCAACCUCUUUCUCCUGCACCAGCACCGCCGACGGCACUCUCAGCGCACCGCCGCACCACGCCAGCGUACUCCUUCGCGAACAUUUCGUACAAUACACGCUCCGCGACACCACCCACCUUCACCUCAUCUUUGCGCGACCGAGUCCACUUUCGCGUCCGCCCCGCCUCUUACACCCCUACAAGUGGUUGCGCUACGUAGCGCAACCCGGGACACGUCUCGACUCCCACUGUACAUCAUUCAAGACUCCCCCGCAGCAUGAGCCAGCAACAUCAGAUGGCCAUGGGCGGCAUGGGAGGGCCCGUCGGAGGAGGUUCCGCCCAGCCCGCCAACGCCGGCACGCCCACCAAUUCUGCCAAUGUCUACUCCGCCGACGCAGUGAUCAAGAAACUCAACACAUCCAUCUACGAGUACCUCCUCUGUAAUGGCCACUACGAGGUCGCCCGCGCCUUCCACAAGGACCUUCCCAUCGAAGAGAGCGUCAAGCAGUCGCCGAGCCAGCGGAACAACCAAGCAAAUGGCGCCGAUGGGAACAUGGACAUGGACAGCAAAGAACACGUCAACAUUUCCAAGCGGCCAUCGGAUCUGCCCGCUCCACAUACCAUGUCUGGAGAAGACGGUCCGUUUCUGCAAGACUGGUGGUGUCAAUUUUGGGAGUUAUAUCAUGGCAAUCGCCAGCGAGGCAAGCCGACCGUAUUAAACUACGUCGGUCAGCAGCGAGUCGCGCAAAAGGCUCGCACGGCACUGCUCGUGGAUCCCAACGCGAUGCAACGCGGGUACAGCAUGAUGAACAACGGCAUGCCCGGGGGAGAUAUGAGACAAGCCGUGUUGAAGAAUGGAAUGAACGCACAGCAGCAACAACUCCAACAGAUGAAGCUGAGACAAGCUCAGGGUCAGGGUAAUCCCAUGCAGGGCAACCCAAUGGAGCGUCAAGGUUCACAGAUGGAUCAGCGUGGAUCGGGCUCACCAAACAACGGUGACGCCCCAUCGCCGAAGCGUCAGAGGCUCGACGGCAACAUGCAGCAAAAUCCGCAAGCACGACCCGGCCAACCCGGUCAAGGGCAAGGCGGCAAUCCGUCGAUGGAGGUGUAU